AUGGGGAAUUGGAACCGCAGAUAUUUGCCGCGAAGGAAGUUCAGACAAGACGAAUUUGAGGAUCCUUCUUUGUCUCCCCCAAGGCCCCUUGGAAACAAUCACUCGCAUUCUUCUGGAUCCAAGGACAACAGGGUGCCAUCAUGGGAAAUCGAAUAUUGCAAGUUGGCGAAAAUCCCUUGGAACAGAAUAUUGGCAUCCAAAAAAUAUAUUGUCUGCUACCCGAACGUGCAGCAUUGGGAUGCGUCCGCUGGUGAAGAAGCAUUACAGAAUGCAAAACAACGGUACUGGGCCAUGAUCAAUGGCAUUCCCUGUGACACCCCCUUACCGGACCCAGAUACAUACAUUGACGAGAUCGACUGGGACCCAUAUCUCGAUCCCGAAGUAAUGGCGGAUCUUGACCGUCAAUAUUGUGAUCCUGAUAAAUUGGAGACAAUUAAUGAAGAGGUUGAACCACAACAUGAUAAAACUCAGUCCACCAUCGAUAACCCAUGGGAAAGGAACCAAGUGCAAGGCACCGGAAGUUCAAAAGAUGCAGUGCAGGGAUGGUCCAGAUGGGAUGAUUCUGUAAAUUCAAUAAAUAAAAACCCCUGGGAGCAAACUUGCAGCCAGCCUGUUGAUUCUUUGAAGGAAAGUGUUUGGAAAAGUGGGGAUGAGUCUUGGGGUCGGCAACAGGGUACUGAGAAGUCAUCCACCUUUGGUAACUAUGGUCAGAGUGGGAAUGAUUCGUUGGGUUGGGGUCGCUGGAAUUCUAAUGGUUUUUCUGGGUAUGAUAAUAAAGAGGAGUUUUAUACAGGCUCGACAGGGAGAGGGUGGAGGGAUAAUGGGAAAGAGUCUUGGAAUGUGAGGGAUUCGGGUUAUCAUGGUAAUACUCAAAGUUACAGAGCGGGUGGGGGAUCCUUUCGCGGUGGGUGCAGGAAGAGGGAAGGUUUUCAGCAACACGGGUCGAAAUAUAAGAGCUCUAGGUACCACGGUGACACCUGGAGAUGA